AUAUACAGCAGUCAUCAUAGAAUUUUCAGCAUCUGCAGAGUUCGCUUUCGCUGUAUUUUAGUAUUUAAUGGAAAGUAAAAAGAAAAAAAAGGUAAAAAGAAAAAAAAAGAAGUAUGUGCGCGUGUGUGUAAAAAUUGUAGAAGCUGCUGCUGCUCUGAAGACCAAUGAUAACCAUUAACAGUGAUGAAGGCAUACAUGAAGAUAUUAUUCAAUGCGAACAGGUUAUUCGAUCUGGCCCACCUAUAACCAACUUGCACGAAGGUACAUGUUCACGUACUGAACUGAUAACAAACAUUACUUCUUUUUCGGAAAGCUGCAUUCCUUUUAAAUCAUUAUAUGUUGAAAGUUCAGCAUAAACGAGUACAAAGUCAGUCAAUGAUUGUUUCCUUCUCUCGCCCUGCCUUUCACAAUAACAUACCAAGAGAACGAAAAAGUCAGAUAUCGAGAAAGUAAGUAAAAAUAAUAGAAACUGAGAGAGAUAGUGGGAGUAAAAGGGAAGUAGAUGGCGUUGGCAGCAGUAUCAUCAUCGAGCACCAUUGCUGUGGAGGAGCAGACAUAGGAAGUGAGCAUGUGCUAUUGGCUGACGACACGAACUGCUGUAGACAUUACCAGUCAGAUUUCGCAGUUGAUCUCCAGUUCACUUGCAAGGUACACGUAGGCAAUCAGUCUUUGUGAUUAGCAAAUUUUUUUUUAAACUUGAAUUUUGAAUUUUCAGUGUGGAACCAUUUUUGCGCUGUCGACUACUUUAUCCUUCAACAAAACAUUAAGGACAUAUUGAAGCCUUUUGAAUUACGUUAACUGUUUCCAACGCGGAGCACUUAAAAACGUUUAAAAAAAAAGAAAGAAGGAAAUUGCACACAUUACUGGCUUCACUUAUUUCUUAACGACAGAUUUUUUCCGAAUAUUAUUCAUUUAAAAUCGAUAAUUAAUUUACGGAGACAAUGACACAAUUUUUGCCACCGAAUCUGUUGGCUUUGUUUGCGGCCAGAGAUCCUAUUCCUUAUUAUCCUCCAGUUGACAAACUAAGUCACGAAAAAAAGAGAGUGCCAUAUACAGGAGUAGCACAAUAUUUCAAGGAAUUCGAGGAUCCUAAAGACACACCUCCACCAACUAGGAUUGAAACGAAAGAAGAAAGAAAAGAAAGGAAGCGCAAAGAGAGAGUAGAACAGAUUGCUUAUAAACUUGAACAGGAUUUAGCACUGUGGGAUCCGCACAACAUUCCAGACAGUACAUCUGAUCCUUACAAAACUUUAUUUGUUGCCAGAAUUAAUUAUGACACAAGUGAGUCAAAACUACGACGAGAGUUUGAAGUGUUUGGUCCUAUACGAAGGGUAAGUGUUAUUAAAUCUCAAUUAUAUAUUUGGAUUUUUUAAUUUUGACAUUACUUUGUGCAUUUGUAGGACUUUUAUACAUUCUACUUUGGGUUGGGUUUUGG